UGGCAAACAUGAAGCUCUCUGCAGUGCUUCUGGUUUUAGCAGUUAGCGCCUACGUAGGCGCCCAGGAACUGGAUAUCAUCCCAGUGGUGGGAGGUUUAAGCGGAAGUGGAACCACCACUCGCUACUGGGACUGUUGCAAGCCUUCGUGCUCCUGGGAGGGCAACUUGAAUGGUACUGGCAAGACGAUCCCAACGCGCUCUUGUGCAGCCGAUGGAGAAACCACAAUAGAUCCAGACACGCUUUCUGGAUGCGGAGAUGGAGGCACUUCGUACAUGUGCACCGACCAGGAACCAUUCGUCUACAACGAGACCAUCACUUUGGGUUUUGUUGCUGCUUCUUUCACCGACGGUGCCGACUACUCCCAGUGCUGCUCUUGCAUGCUUCUCUCAUUCAGUGAGCAGAUCGCGAAUAAAAAAAUGGUCGUCCAAGUGACCAACACCGGAAGCGAUUUGAGUAGGAACCACUUCGACAUUGCCAUGCCUGGAGGAGGGGUCGGAAUCUUCAAUGGAUGCACCAAGCAAUGGGAGGCCCCUACUGAUGGGUGGGGCGACCGAUAUGGAGGCGUGCACUCUAUUGAGGACUGCGAAAACCUCCCAGAAAAGUUGCAGGAGGGAUGCAAAUGGAGGUUCCAAUGGUUCGAGGGUGCGGACAAUCCCACUGUCGAAUUCAUCCAAAUCGAGUGUCCUCAGCAACUGAUUGAUAUCAGCGGUUGUAUUUGAAUUGUUUUGGAAAAAGUGAAGUAGUUAUGUAACGUUUUGUUUUUCUCGAAA